UAUCUGUCUGCUGUCAUGAAUUACCUUAUCGCCAUCUUCUUCAUUUUCAGUCUAGCAUCCCAUGUUGUUAGAAUCUUGGCAACGACUUCUGGCAGCAAAAAGCAGCUCUACAUCCUAAGACAUGGUCAGGCUACACACAAUCCCAGGGCCGAAGAGGCCAGAGCCAAUGGCUGCUCCUAUGACGAAUUCAUGGAACUCAUGCGACAAGAUGAUUCCUUGGACUCGUCACUGACAGACCUGGGAAGAGCACAAGCCAAAUUGGUAUACGAACAAAGCUUGAAACAUCUCGAGGCAAACAUCCAAUUGGUGGUGAGCAGCCCUUUAUCCCGAGCCAUUGAGACGGCAGAUUUUGUUGUUCCCAGUGUCCAGCAGAGAGUUUGCGUGGAAGACUUUCGAAUCAUUAGUGGCUGGUUGCUCAAUGCCAAACGAAGAACACGAUCUGAGUUGCAGCAACUAUUCCCUCACUGGAAUCUGGAUAAUUUGCAGACCCAAGAGGAUACUCUCUGGACACCAGACCUCGAGACACAUGCGGAUUGUGCCCAAAGGGGAUUCCAGGGUCUCUGCUGGAUCAUGGAGAGACCCGAAGAUUCCAUUUUGUUGGUCACUCAUGGAGGACUGCUGCGAUUCACAAUGCAACAGCACAAUCGGGUCAAAAUGAUGGAUGGAAGGACCUCCAAACAGGAAGAAAGGGAUGUUCAAGCACGGUUUGGAAACUGUGAGCUGCGCCGGUAUACGAUGGAAUGGGAGGCAGAGGAAACAGAGAAUGACAACCAUUCUACAGAAAAAGCUCAAAGAAGCCUUGUUUUGACAGAGUUGGAUACUAAUGGAGACAAUAGCCAGGAAGCGGCUAGCUAGCUCAUUGACAGAGGACUAAGAAACUUGAGAAUUUUCUACGCUGGCCAGUAGGCAAUUAGCUAGCAAAUAGCUAGCUAAUUGCUUUGAUUGUUUGUUUA